ACCGUCUGUUAAAAAUUUUCACUUCAUCUGCGCGUACUUGCAACACGCCGCUUUUUUUUGUAACAUCAGUAAAGACAUUUCUGGUUUGAAGUGCUGGCUUGAAAACCUGAUUAAAACCUGACCAUAUCAAUAAUUUUUAAUUUAUCGUACAGAUUACUAAAACAGCGUAGUAACCAAAACAAACGUGAAUUUCUUAUACUAUAAAAUAAUAGAGUAAAACAUUGACAAACUUUAAAUCCCGUUCAUCUAUUGAUUAGCAGUUCCCGAGAACAUAUAUGUGACGACAGUGCGGUUAACAUCAAUAAAUUAACAAACUGGCAAGUCGUGAGAGGAAACAUGGGCGUGAUUAUCAAUAUGGGUAUGAAAUAGGUGAAAAAUUAUUCAAACAUUGCAAUAGCCUGGAAGCACACUAGUGGACUCACAUGGAAAAAAAUCCAUAUCCGUGUGAUAUAUGCGAUGACUCUUUCGCUCAUUGCAAUACUUUGAAAUCACACCAGCGGGCUCACAUGGGAGAAAAACCAUAUCCGUGUGAUGUAUAUGACAGAUCGUUCACUCAGAGCAAUAACUUAACAAGUCACAAGCGGACUCACACGGGAGAGAAACCUUACCCGUGUGACGUGUGUGACAAAUGGUUCAGUCGAAAUGAUAGCCUCACGAAACACAAGCGAUCGCAUACGGGAGAGAAGCCCUACCCGUGUGACGUAUGCGAUAAAUGGUUCAGUCGAAGUCACAAUCUGACUGUUCACAAGCGGACUCACACGGGCGAGAAGCCCUAUCCAUGUGACAUAUGCGAAAAAUCAUUCAGUCAAAAUGAGCAACUAACGGUUCACAAGCGGACGCACACGGGAGAGAAACCUUACCCGUGUGACGUGUGUGACAAAUGGUUCAGUCGAAAUGAUAGCCUCACGAAACACAAGCGAUCGCAUACGGGAGAGAAGCCCUACCCGUGUGACGUAUGCGAUAAAUGGUUCUGUGGAAGUCACAAUCUGACUGUUCACAAGCGGGCUCACACGGGCGAGAAGCCCUAUCCAUGUGACAUAUGCGAAAAAUCAUUCAGUCAAAGUAGCCAAGUGGCUGUUCACAAGAGGACUCACACAGGAGAGAAGCAUUACCCGUGUGACGUAUGUGAUAAAUGGUUCAGCCAAAAUGUCCACCUGGUGGUUCACAAGCGGACGCACACGGGCGAGAAACCUUACCCGUGUGACGUAUGUGAAAAAUCAUUUGCUGUAAGUUCUAAUCUGACUAAACACCGACGAAUUCACAUUAGAGAGAAGCCAAACCUAACGUGAUACACCGCCCUGUCCGGAUUUAAUGAUUUUGACGUACGUCUGUUUCUUUUAUGUAUUAUCAGUUAUUAAUCCGUUUGUUUUUCAAUAUCUGUAACGAAAACACUGUCGGUUUUUGGUUCACGAUUUGAAUUAUUAUAUACAUUAUUUUUGUCACUGAAUUAAAAAAAAAAAAAAAUUUUGAAACCCUU